UAGUUUUCAGUAGUUGGUGUUUUUUACGAUUCGUUUGGUAUUCGUUGCCGUCUGCCGAACAAAUGUUAUUUGAAAUUUAAAAUUUUUGUAUAUUUACCGACUUUUGUAGCUCCUAUUUGUUGCACAUAUUGGUUUACUUAUAAAAAGACAAAAGUUCAACGAUAAUGUCUGUGAGCGCACUUACAGUGACCGGUUCCCGAACGUCGGGAACCCCCAUUCGAACUCAAAAUGUGAUGGCUGCAAGCGCUAUUGCGAACAUAGUAAAGAGUUCUUUAGGUCCAGUUGGGUUGGACAAAAUGUUGGUAGACGACAUAGGGGAUGUCACAGUUACCAAUGAUGGUGCAACCAUUUUGAAAUUGCUAGAUGUUGAACACCCUGCAGCUCGAGUUCUUGUUGAGUUAGCUCAAUUGCAAGAUGAAGAAGUUGGCGAUGGAACGACUUCAGUUGUUAUAAUUGCUGCCGAAUUACUAAAAAAUGCUGAUGAGUUGGUUAAACAGAAGAUUCAUCCAACUUCUAUCAUCAGUGGUUAUCGUUUGGCUUGUAAAGAGUCGUGCAAAUACAUACAAAACAAUUUAACAGUUGGCGUUGAUGAUUUGCGUCGUGAUUGGUUGGAAAAUGCUGCUACGACAUCAAUGUCUAGCAAAUUAAUUAUGGCAGAUUCAGAAUUUUUUUCUAAAAUGGUUGUAGAUGCUUGUAUGUUAGUUAAACGUCCAUCUGACAAACGAGGUGGUGUAUCUGUUCCUAUUAAGACCAUUAAUGUACUUAAGGCUCAUGGCAAAAGUGCCAGAGAAAGUCUACUUAUUCAAGGAUAUGCCUUAAAUUGUACUGUAGCAUCUGAGGCAAUGGUGAAAAAAGUUACAAACGCAAAAAUAGCAUGUUUGGAUUUUUCUUUGCAAAAGACUAAAAUGAAAUUAGGUGUUCAAGUUAUGGUGAAUGAUGUUGAUCAACUUGAAGCUAUUAGACAAAGAGAAUCUGAUAUAACAAAAGAACGGGUACAGAAAAUAUUAGCAACUGGGGCUAAUGUCAUUUUAUGUACAGGCGGUAUUGAUGAUAUUUGUUUAAAAUAUUUCAUUGAAGCCAAAGCAUUAGCUGUACGUCGUGUAAAAAAAAUUGAUUUGAAGAGAAUCGCUAAAGCCACUGGUGCAACUUUUUUGACUUCUUUAACAAACAUGGAAGGAGAAGAAAGCUUUGAAAGUUCUUCUCUCGGUGAAGCUGCAGAAGUUGUUCAAGAUCAAAUAUCUGAUGACGAACUGAUUAUUGUCAAAGGACCUAAGGCUCAGAGUGCUGCUUCAAUGAUAUUGAGAGGACCCAACGAUUUUUAUUGUGAUGAGAUGGAACGUUCAAUUCACGAUGCUUUAUGUGCAGUACAACGUGUGCUUGAAUCUAAAUCGGCUGUGGCUGGCGGAGGUGCUGUUGAAGCCGCAUUAUCUAUAUACUUAGAAAACUUCGCAACUUCUCUAAGUUCAAGAGAACAAUUGGCUAUUGCAGAGUUUGCACGUUCUUUGCUAGUCAUCCCUAAAACUUUGGCUAUUAAUGCUGCCCAAGACGCCACCGAAUUGGUUGCUAAAUUGAGAUCAUACCACAAUGAGAGCCAAACCAGUAGUGAGAAUGAUGUAUACAAAUGGUAUGGAUUGGACUUGGAAGAAGGUGAAAUUCGUGAUAAUUUAAAAGCUGGAGUUUUAGAACCAGCAGUUUCUAAAAUUAAGUCGUUGAAAUUCGCUACAGAGGCUGCAAUUACCAUUCUUAGAAUAGACGAUAUGAUCAAGUUAGACCCGGAACAAAAAGGAGGACGUGGUGGAUAUCAGCAAGCUUAUGAUGCAGGAGAACUUUAAACAUAAUUUUAGUAUUAAAAUAAUUUGCAUAAUAUGUUUAACAUUGUUACGUUACUAACAUUUUUCAAUACAAUUGUAUAAUGUACACUGGAAAAAAUUUCAGAAUGUUUACAUAUUUAAAUUUUAAUCUUUAUUUAACUUUCCUAAUUUUUGUCCAUAACUAUAAUUUAUGGUUUCAUAAAAAACAUGAGUAACACAUUUUUUUUAGUGUUUUUUUUAUUUUUGUACAGGGCUAUUUUGAAUAGGUUUAUAUAAAAAUAAUAAAAUUUAUCAUUUCUACUA